GGAAGAAGCCCGAUAUGACGCAUUACAUUACUUACUAAGUAAGCUUCAUUCGUUCCCGUUAUUUCAUAAGACCCAAUCCGGUUUCUGUUCUUCUGUUCCACUCAUUCCUCCCUCAGUCAUUUCUCGGUCAUCUUUUCCCCAAUUUUCCAUUCACAUCAAUUUGAUAGAAAUCCAAAUAUAAUGAAUCCUUUAUCAGCUCAACCUUAUCGUCUCCCCACCAGUCGUAUCAGUAUCAAAGUUCUUGCAGAAGGUGCUGCAAAUGUUAUAUAUCAAAUCACGCUUGAUCCAGGAUCACAAGACCUUGCCGAAGUGAACAAGGGUCAUCAAGAAUUAGAAUUUCUCUCUGGAAAAUUAUUACGUCUUCGAAAAGAUGUUCCUACUACAGCCCCAACUUCAGAUUCACACCAGCAAUGGCUCGGAUAUAUCUUACCCCUGUUCAACCCAGAACAAUUAGUUACUCAAGAAUUGGUCUAUAUUGGUCAUCUCAACGUAAUUCCUGGGCUGAACACCGAUCUCAGACGUUUUGAUAAUCCUGGUGGUACAUCUACCUCGAAUCAUCUUGCCCCACCAAAAGGGAAAUUCUAUCGUUCAAGGGCGCAAAGUGGUACUUUCUUAGCGAAAGAUGAUUAUGGUCUUUUGGUAACAGAUAUGACACCCAGGAAAUCAGCACACGAAACCGUCGUAGAAUUUAAACCAAAAUGGCUCUCUCCAUCUCAUGAAAUGCCAUCGAAAGCCAUACGAUGUCGAACGUGUGCCCUUCACGCACGUCGGAUCGCUUUUGGAGAGGAGAGAAAAAACACUGAUCUUCAAUCAUAUCUUUGUCCACUCAAGCUUACCGAUGAUGAUCCUAAGUUAAAGUUUGCAAAUUAUGAAGCAUCAGCGUCACAUAUAUUACACAAACCUCGUGAAUCACCUGCCGUUCAAUCACUUGCAAAAUGGAUCCACGAAAAUCCUUUACUCAAACGCCUUCGCGAUCUCCAGACAGAAUAUGAUGGUAAAGCAUCUUUGAAGCCGGAAAAAGCAUCUCAUGAACUUUGUGUGGCGAUGACGCUAAGAGAUUGUUCUUUGUAUAUUCGUAUGGAUCGGAAUUUCCAGGUUGUAGAAGCUCGUUUGGGAGAUCUGGAUUAUAAAUCUGCGAGGAAGUAUUCGUCGUGGAGGAAGAAAGAACAGGAAUUGGUUGAGGAGGGCUGGUAUUGUGGGGAUGAAAAGAGGGAGUGGAAACAACCGAUUGAUGAGUGUUUGUUGUCGAGGAAGAUUUGAGUUUGGUGAAUUUACUUCUGAUGGUAUUCGGUUAAGAGCCAGUCUCGAGUGAGAAGUUCAAUGGUUGGGUAUUCAAUGGGUUGCGUGUCCCAAUUAAUAAAGCGGUUUCUAAUAUUGCGAGCUGCGGGCUGCAGUCUGAUAAUUAAGAGUUCUCGACAUCCGAAGACUAUUUAAAAUUCGAGAUUCGAGAUUCGAGAUGUAAUCAAUCUCUCUAAUCGCUAACUUUUCGGGUCAUAUUCGACAAGUAACAUAACUACGAUCAUCAGACUGCACUCGAGGUAUUGGAAACUCUUAAAUAUGGAAUCACAUUGGAUCAAAUCGGAUUGGGUUGGGUUGGGUUGGGUUGAACAGGGAAUAAUUUUUAAUGGAGUUUGAUUUAUAUAGAUGGUUACGGGCAUGGAUGUGGGAAUGGAUAUGGAUAUGGGGUAGAUAAUAUUAAUAUGGAAAGAUAUCGACGUUUAUUGGAAUUGUCUGUCUAGAUGUAUUUUCUAUGGGAGACGCAGGACAUGAGGUUACUUUUCUGUACUUUUUGAGCUUUUUACGAAAGGAUAAGUAAGGGGUGUGGAACAUUUCAUUUUUGUUUCUUGUUUGUUCUUUCAAAUUUAUAAAUUUGAAUCUGAUUUACUUCA